GGAGGCGGAGUUAGGAUGGCUGCGCCACUGUUGCCGAGGCGACGCCGUUACUUCCGUUCGUUUCAAUGCUUCCGGGUUGGCGCUGCGGUGGCAUUUCCUACCUUGGGAGCCUCUGCUUUCCAGUCGUCUGAUGAGCCUGAGCAGCAUCAGAAAAGUCCCACUUUAAGCCAUGAGAUGUCUGGUCUGAACUGGAAACCUUUUGUGUAUGGCGGCCUUGCCUCUAUUGUUGCCGAGUUCGGCACUUUCCCUGUGGACCUUACUAAAACACGGCUGCAAGUCCAAGGCCAGAGCAUCGAUGUCCGCUUCAAAGAGAUAAAAUAUAGAGGGAUGUUUCAUGCCUUGUUUCGAAUCUAUAAAGAAGAGGGGAUUUUGGCUCUGUAUUCAGGAAUUGCUCCUGCUUUACUAAGACAGGCAUCAUAUGGCACCAUCAAAAUUGGUAUUUACCAAAGCUUGAAGCGAUUAUUUGUAGAACGUUUGGAAGAUGAAACUCUCCUAAUUAAUAUGAUCUGUGGGGUAGUGUCAGGAGUGAUUUCAUCGACUAUAGCCAAUCCCACUGAUGUUCUAAAGAUUCGAAUGCAGGCUCAAGGAAGUUUGUUCCAAGGGAGCAUGAUUGGCAGCUUCAUUGAUAUAUACCAGCAAGAAGGUACCAGGGGUCUGUGGAGAGGCGUGGUCCCAACUGCUCAGCGUGCUGCCAUCGUGGUGGGAGUAGAGUUGCCAGUUUAUGAUAUUACCAAGAAGCACCUGAUACUGUCAGGAAUGCUGGGAGACACCAUUUUAACACACUUUGUUUCUAGCUUUACCUGUGGUUUGGCUGGGGCUCUGGCAUCUAACCCGGUUGACGUGGUGAGAACACGAAUGAUGAAUCAGAGGGCAAUAGUGGGACAUGUGGACCUCUACAAGGGUACUUUGGAUGGUAUUUUAAAGAUGUGGAAACAUGAGGGUUUUUUUGCCCUCUAUAAAGGAUUUUGGCCAAACUGGCUUCGACUUGGACCCUGGAACAUCAUUUUUUUUAUUACAUACGAGCAGCUCAAGAGGCUUCAGAUCUAAGAACUGAAAAAUCCAUGGACCCAACACUACCGCCCUUUCUACUGUUCUCCUUUGUGUUCCUAAUGUAUUUUGACAAAGACGUAUGUGUUUACAGAACCAGUGGUCUCCCGAGGGUCCUCUUAUUGAAGAGUAGUAGGAUGACUUAAGGUUGUUUAUGCAUCUGUGUUACCUCUUCCCUAAGAGGAAGUAUUCACAUUGAGAGUGUGACCCCAGAUUGGUGUCUUCUGUGAAGAUGGAUACUGAUGGGUGACAUUCAAAAGGGCCUUCUUUUCAAAUGUGGGUUAAAUGCAGUUGGUUAUCCCCAGACAGGUUACAGCAGAAGGCGACCAGCACAGGUCCUGCUAUGUAUGUUAUAGACCUUGGUUCUCAUUAAACUAUUUAUUG